AUGGCCUCCACAAUGAAGAUGGUGAGGAAAAAGCUGGACCGUGAAUCAGAAAAGUCCAUCAUAUUCCAGUUACUUCAUCACAGUAAGCCAGAUCUGGUAACAACUGAUGGGCAUGGUUCUUCUGACUUAAAUUCAAUCAUUGGAAGGGAGAAUGACAAGGCAAACAUAAAAAUAAUAAUAAAUGAUGCUGGCCCAUUUUCCAUCAUUCCCAUAGUUGGCCUUUCUGGAAUUGGCAAAACAGCUCUAGCAAGGUUAAUUUUCAAUGACCGGGGAGAAGACUGCAAGUUUGAUCACCAUAUAUGGAUCAGCCUUAAUAUGAGCUUUGAUCUUUGUUAUAUUGUCAAUGGUAUAAUAUCACAAGCUGGCAAUAAAGGGGAAGGACCUUCGCAGAAGAACAAGUGGACCCUAAGGAAUCUUCUUCAAGAAAUUCUUACUGAUAAAAGAAGUCUUGUUGUGCUAGAUGAUCUCUGGAGCAUGGAUAGAAACCAACUUGAUGAGCUAAAGGAAAUGAUGAGCACUGUGAUUUGUUCAGUAAUAGUCACAACAUCCAGUGAAGAGGUUGCCAAGUUAUUUAAUACUGUUUCACCCUACAAAUUAGGCCUUUUAUCUGACAGCGACUGUUGGACGAUAUUUUCUGGAGUUGCAUCCGAAGAUCAAGAAACCAGGGACCAUGUUGUCAGACUGUGUCAAGGCAUGCCAAUUGUUGCUCAUUCUCUCAGUUCAGUGGUACAUGCAAAGGGUAAAAAUGUUUUGAAAGAUGCAAACAACAAAGAACUAUGGCAUCUGGAGAAACGAUUAGUGCCCAAAGUUAAAAUGUUCCGACCACUCAAACAAAUUUACUAUAGAAUGCCAUCAGGAUUGAAAUCAUGUCUUGGAUAUUUGUCCAUCUUCCCCAAAGGAUUUCAUAUUGAUACAGAAAAGCUUAUUUGGCAAUGGAGUGCACUUGACAUGCUUGGAUCCAGUCAUGGGAUCUUAUCUCCAUAUGUGCAAGGGAAGAAUUAUAUCCAGAGCCUUCUGUCAAUAUUCUUUCUUCAAGCUCCAGAUCCAUGCUCGGCGAAUGGUAUGGUUCUCACCAAUGGUAAAAAUGUGCUCGAAAUGCACAGCUUGGUACAUAGCUUUGCCAGAUAUCUGUCGUGUGAUGAGCUCAUAAUUUUGGAAGAUCAAAUAGCACCUGUUAGGAGCAAAAAAAAGGUAACGUUCCGGUAUGCCCUAUUGUUAGAAUGCAAUGAAGCUUCAACGAUUUCAAAAGGUUUCCUCACCAGGGCAAGGGCCGUAAGUUUCAAAGGCUGUAAAGGAAGAAAACUUCCUGAAGAAGCCCUCUCCGCACUGAGGCACUUGAAUGUAUUGGACCUUAGUGGAUGUUCCUUUCUUGAGUUACCCUCUUCUGUUGGCCAGUUGAAGCACCUGAGAUACCUUGAUGUUUCUCACUCAGCAGUUCAGUCAUUACCAUCUGAACUGAGACAUUUGCAGAAUCUUGAGGCGCUGGAUCUUUCGAAAACUUCUGUCAGUGUACUACUAGAUCCCAUUGGACCAUUUCAGAAGCUAAAAUAUUUGAAUCUGCAAGAAUGUCCCAACCUUAGAGACUUGCUUCGGACUUUUGGAGAUCUCAAGGGACUAGAACACCUAAAUCUCUCGCGUUGUUCUGGUGUUAGUGAACUACCUGAAACCCUUUGUGGUUUUUCUGCACUGCAAUUGUUGGAUCUCUCGGGUUGUGCUGAACUUGAAAAAUUACCUCAAUCACUCGGUAGUUUAAAAAAUUUAGGUGAUCUCAACCUAUCUGGUUGCUCCAGACUGGAGCAAUUAUCAGAAUCCUUCCAUGAACUUUAUUCUCUCAAGUUCCUGAACCUAGAAAGCUGUUCUAUGCUUCAGCAAUUGCCUCAUUUAUUCGGUAACUUAAAAACAUUAGAAAUUCUGAACCUAGCAGGUUGCAUCAGUCUACAGGAGCUGCCAAAAUCUUUUGGUGAUCUUUAUUUUCUCCGGGUCUUAAACCUUGAAGGUUGCUUUGGGCUUCAAGAGUCACCUGAGUUUCUUGGCAACUUAUUAAAUUUGGAGAAUCUGAAUCUGUCACAUAUUUCUCUUGAGCUACCAGAAGCUUUAAUCAAUUUAAGGAGGCUUCAUACAUUGGACCUCACCGGAUGUGGUUUCAAGAAAUCAUUUGCUGAUAUUAUAAAUAAGAUGACAAAUCUCAAGUUUGUGUUGACUGAUGAUUCGAGGCUUGCACUCUCAUUUUCCAGACAUAUUAUUGUCUCUACAGAGAACAAUAAACAAUCCUGUUUGGCUAGCCAUAUGGUUCAGAGCAGCGACCUUGAACGAGAUGGUAUUAUGGGGGAAACAGGCGCUGAAGAAAUUCUUGAGACCCCAGAAACAAGAAAGGGUACCAUAGACAGGGCAAAUCCACAACAAGAAACAAGCAAUCCGUUUCAGCUGAUAGCUAUGGAGAAUAAAGCUUCUUCUGCAGAUGUGUUUGGAUAUAGUUCUGAGAAUGUUGAGUGCUCAGCUGAGGAUUCAUUGGACACAACAAUAGAGAUGCAGCCCCAUCGACAAGGGAAAGAAAAGACCCCUACAGAAGAAGAUCCGGAAGAUUUCAAUCCCCGUGCAUCUUCCACUUUGUCAAGUAGAAUAUCAGACUCAUUGAAUACAACAGUUGAGAAGCAGACACACAGACAAGGGAAAAAAGAGAACCCAGCAAAACAAGACCUUGAAGAUUUCAGUCCAUGUGCCUCUUCCACUGUUAACAGAUUACCGGUUGAAUCAGUUUCAUCCUAUGAAGUAAGUAUGUCAUCUGAGAAAGUCCCACCAACUCCACAUCGAAUACCUCCAAGUCCAUCUAGAUUUGCGCCAUCUCCACAGAUAGCUAGAGUUGGAUCUGUCGACUUAAGCAUCCAGCAGAUCCUCAGGGCGACUCAGAACUUCUCAUCUUCAUUUAAGUUAGGCGAAGGAGGAUUUGGGAUGGUCUACAGGGCUGUAUUGCCAGAUGGCAAUGUUGUUGCAGUCAAGAGAGCUAAAAAGGAUCAGUUUGCAGGUCCUAGGGAUGAGUUCAGCAAUGAAGUAGACUUGCUUGCUAAGAUAGACCACCGAAAUUUGGUGAGGUUACUGGGUUUCACUGAUAAAGGAAAUGAGCGCAUUAUCAUCACUGAGUAUGUUCCAAAUGGUACUCUUAGAGAACAUCUAGAUGGUCAAUAUGGCAGAGUCCUGGAUUUUAAUCAGCGCCUAGUAAUUGCAAUUGACGUGGCUCAUGCACUUACUUAUCUUCAUCUGUAUGCAGAGAAGACUAUAAUUCAUCGUGAUGUGAAGUCAUCAAACAUCCUGCUGACAGAUAGCUAUCGGGCCAAGGUGUCCGACUUUGGGUUUGCAAGAAGUGGCCCUAGUGACACAGAGAAGAUACACAAAUCAACGAAAGUGAAAGGCACAGCAGGGUACCUGGAUCCCGAAUACUUGAGAACGUACCAGCUAACUCCAAAGAGUGAUGUCUUCUCAUUUGGCAUAUUGCUUGUAGAAAUUCUUUCUGCUCGCAGACCCGUAGAACUGAAGCGAACCCCUGACGAGAGGAUCACAAUCAGAUGGACUUUCAAGAAAUUCAAUGAAGGCAACAUGAGAGAGAUAUUGGACCCGUUGCUGGAAGAUCAUGUGGACGAUGAGGUGCUUGAAAAGCUCCUUAGCCUGGCUUUCCAAUGCACUGCUCCAACAUGGGACGACCGCCCGACCAUGAAGGAAGUUGGGGAGCAGCUGUGGGAAAUAAGGAGAGAGUACGGAAAGAGCAUCAGGAAGGUGUGA